AUGAUCUUCAGAGCCGCCGUUUUGCUGCUGUGCUGUGCUACCGGGUUGCUCCGGGGAGAGCAAGUCCGGUACGAUAACUAUCGUGUGUUUGAGGUGACGAUCGCUACCCAAAAGCAGCUUGAAGCCUUCCAGUACUUGGAACAGUUCCCGGAUGGCUAUCUGUUUUGGGAAUCUCCGGUGCAAACGAACAUGAAAAUCAACAUUGUAGUGCCACCGCACAAGUACGCGGAGUUCGAUGAGCUAGCUGCCAACCUGGCUGUGGCCCACCGUUUGAGAAUUCCGAAUCUCCAACAGCUCAUCGAUGAUGAAAGUCCUCCGCGCAAACAUAGACGCGCCUUCGGAUGGGAAGACUAUCAAACGCUGGAAGACAUGUACACCUGGAUCGAUGAGAAGGUGGCCGAAAACCCGUCGGUAGUUUCGGUUCAAACCAUCGGCCAAUCGUACGAGGGACGUGACAUGAAAGCGGUCAAGAUCUCCUACAAAGCCGGCAACCCGGGUGUGUUUAUCGAGUCGAACAUCCAUGCCCGCGAAUGGAUCACUUCGGCCACGGUGACUUGGGUGAUGAACGAGUUCCUCACCUCGAACGAUCCGAACGUGCGCCAGCUAGCGGAGAACUACGACUGGUACAUUCUGCCGGUGGUGAAUCCCGAUGGUUUGAACUACACCAAAACCACCAACAGGAUGUGGCGCAAGAACCGCUACCCGCACAGUGUGCUUUGCUACGGUGUGGACAUGAACCGUAACUUCCCCGGACAUUGGAUGGAGGGUGGUGCUUCGGCUGUCCCAUGCACGGAUACCUACGCCGGACCGCAGGCAGGAUCGGAAAUCGAAACGCAAAACAUCAUGAACUACUUCGUGAGCGUUAAGGACAACAUCCACGCGUACCUGUCGUUCCACUCGUACGGCCAGUACAUUCUGUUCCCCUACGGACACCAGAACGCGGAGUAUUCCGAGAACUACUACGACAUGAUGGAGAUGGGUGAAGCGAGUGCCGUUGCCAUCUACCGCCGGAAUGGAACGGCCUACGAGUUUGGCACGACGGCUGAUGUCUUGUAUAUCGCAUCAGGAUCCUCGCCGGAUUGGGCCCACGGAACGCACGGUACGCCCGUUGCCGCCACGUUCGAGUUCCGCGAUAACGGAUUCUACGGAUUCAUCCUUCCCGCGACUCAGAUCAUACCCAACGCGAUGGAGGUGUUGGACGGUCUGGUGGCGUUCUUCAGCAAAGGAAAGGAAAUCGGCUACUUCACGGUCUAA